GUUGAGGCUGCUGCAGCGCCGAACGAAAGGGAAAUGGUGAUUUUCACGUAGCACCGGCUGUCAUUAUAUCUGUGUCUUGUCAAGAAGCCUUUCAAGUAAAUGUUGAUGCUCAUUGAGGAUGUAAAAGGCAUAGGGGUUCACAAUAUCAGGUCUGUAUGUCGGCAGUGCAUGUAUGUUCAUAUCAUUUGUCAUCAAUGAAACACUAAAUGAGGAUCGACUGCCUGUCAGUGUGAAACGGAUCCAGGAUACCUUAUUAAUAUAUGUUACACACACACACACACACUCUCUCUCUGUCUCUCUCUCUCUCUCUCUCUCUCUCUCUCUCUCUCUCUCUCUCUCUCUCUCUCUCUCUCUCUCUCUCUCUCUCUCUCUCUUUGGUCCCAAUGAACGUCGAACUUCAAUUGAAGAUCAAGUGGUGGAGUUUGGGUAAGCAAUCACACCGCUUUUAUAUCCUUACUGUUGUGUAUAUCCAACAUGAUUAUUGUCUGUACGACUAAUCUGUCCUGCGACUAUAAAAUGUUUCUGUAGUGCAACUGUCACUGUGUCAGGGAUCUGCUCCCAUUUUGAUAAAAAAAAAAAUACACACACGCUUAAAGUACUUGAGAAGGCGUUUUGUAGCUAGGACACCUGAGAGUGGCGAGGGCUGUGGUGCAGUUGAUUCAGGCGCCAACAGAGCUCAUGAAUGUAACUGUUGUGUGAUUUGUGUAUGUGUCUGCUGCCAGAAUAAGCCAAAGCAGCCUACGCACCGCAUCCCGCCAUUCAGUACAACCAACUCGUUAAUGGAAUCAUUUUGGGAAUGGACACACCAACAAACAAAGUAAAAAAAGGUGGAGGAAUCACCGACAUGACACCGCUUAUGGAGGCUGCCGUGAAGGGCCAGACCGAAACAGUGAAGGCACUGCUGACCCUCGGUGCGAACCCUCUUGCGACGGAUAGUGAAGGACAGCACUGUUCUAUGCUGCACUGCUAGGCCACCAGCAGUGUGUGGCGGCUCUCAUGAAAGUCAUCCCUCCCAGCCCUGCACACCUCGAAGCACACACACCGGUGCACGCCGCCAGUUAUCAAGGCCAUGUGGAGGUACUGGAGCAGCUGGCGGAUGCUGGCUGGCCCCUCACCGCUAGGGACAGUAAUGGCAACACACCUCUGCACAUUGCUGCAGUGGGCGGCAGAGUGACAUGUCUGGAAUUGCUGGUAAAGCGAGGUGCGGAUCUGCGCGUGCAAAACAAAGCUGGACGCACACCCAUGGACGAAGAUCUGGUCAUUGCUGUGGAAGAAGGACACGAGGCAAGGAUGAGUUUGGCCCUCGCCAAGGGUGCCCACCCAGAGGUCACCGCCUCUAGUGUUGCUGGGAAAUCGCUGAGCCUGGUGAGUGUGGCUGCCAUCAAGGGCCACCACCACUUGCUGCCUCGCUUACUGCAGGCGGGGCUGAAUAUAGAAGGUGGAGGCACCACCGACCAGACACCGCUAAUGGAGGCUGCCAGGAACAGCCACACCCAGACAGUGAAGGCACUGUUGACCCUCGGUGCGAACCCUCUGGCGACGGAUGAUGAAGGAUUGACAGCCCUCCACUUAGCGGCACAGACAGGAAAUCAGCAGUGUGUGGAGGCCCUCAUGCCUGUCACCCCUCCCUCUCCCGCACACCUUGAGAUAUUUACCCCGGUGCACGUCGCAAGUUACCAUGGCCACGUGGAGGUACUUGAGCAGCUGGUGAAUGCUGGUUGGUCCCUGAACACUAAAGACAAAGAUGGCGAGACACCCAUGCACACUGCUGCGAUGGGAGAAAGCAUGACAUGUCUGGAAUGGUUGGUCCAGAGAGGAGGGGAUCACACAAUGCAAAACAAGGCUGGACACACACCACAGGACGAGGAACUCGUCAUUGCUGUGAUGAAAGGUGAUGAGGCAAGGUUAAGGUCAUCCCUCGCCAGGGGUGCCCAUCCAGAGAUCACCGUCCCCAAUAAUUCUGGGAUGUCGGCAUGUCUGGUGAGUGUGGCUGCCAAUAAGGGACACUACCACCUGCUGCCUCGCCUGCUACAGGAGGGGAUGAACAUAGAAGGUGGAGGCACCACCGACAGUACACCGCUAAUGGAGGCUGCCAGGAAUGGCCACACUAAGACAGUGAAGACACUGCUGAUACUCGGCGCGAACCCUCUGGCAACGGAUAAUGAUGGAUGGACAGCCCUACACCAUGCUACAGCGUCUAGCCACCAGCAGUGUGUGGAGGCCCUCAUGCCUGUCACCUCUCCCACCCCCGCACACCUUGAGGCUCUCACCCCGGUACACCUCGCCAGUUACCAUGGCCACGUGGAGGUACUGGAGAAGCUUGCGGGUGCUGGCUGGCCCUUAAACGCUAGGGACAUUGAUGGCGAGACACCCCUGCACAUGGCUGCGAAGGGGGGGUAGCGUGACAUGUCUGCGAUGGCUGAUAAAGGAAGGUGGUGACCAGAGCGUGCAAGAUAAGAGUGGACACACCCCUCUGAACUUGGCCGUGCAAUUUGGCCACUAUGAUGUGGAGACCUGGCUGGUCAAAAGUGGUGGCGCUGUUGUGAGGGACGAGGAUUGGCGUGUGGAGGAAGUGAGAACAUCACGGACCAGGUAUGAAGACGACCACAAUAGUGUUUUGUCCUGGCUGAUAGAGGGCAACGAGUCACAUAUGCACGACAUACCCGAGAAAUUUGACGGUCACGCGCUGAACCAGGAAGGCCUGACCCCCCUCCACGCCGCGGCGCUGCUCGGGGCUUCCACUCGAGUAGUGAAGGUUUUGCUGAGACGCGGUGUGAGCCCUCAUGUGAUCACCCCUGACAACAUGACCCCCGCUGACCUGGCACGGCAAGAAGGCCAUGACUCAGUGAUUAAUGGACUACAGUGCCACCGUUGUGAACAGACCGGCGCGCCCCCCGAGCACAUGUAUGAGGAACUGCUCUCAACAGUCAGUCGCGGGGACGACGUGCAGGCGGUGUCCAACCUCCUGUGUAAGGGCGCCUCCAUAGAACCCCUGGGCGGCCGCUCCGUCCUCAGACUGGCUGUCACCACCGACCGUGCACUCACCGUCAGCCUGCUGUUGGCUAGCGGGGCUUCGCUGCCCGCCAGCUUGCUGCAGGAGGCUUGGCAGAGCCCUGAUGUGACCCACAACGUGCUGGCCUGCCUCACCACCGCCUAUUGCUGCCGGCUGCGUGUAGAGCAGCGUCGCCUGGAAAAGGUCAGCGGCGCCCUUGUCAAGGGCAUCAACAAUUUGAUGAAAACGAUUGAGGGCAAUACCCCAUGGCAGGCUGCUUGGCGAUGGGAAAAGGACACUGACCGGCCAGCACUGAGCGACCUUUUGGCAAAGGCCGCGGCUGCCAACUGCCCCGUGACUGCUGCCUUCCUGCAUAGGGCAGGAGCGUGGACUUUCUUUACAAGAACUUCAGGUGGCAGUGCUCUUCACGCCGCUGUGGAGGCCGGCCACCAGGGUAUGGCCGAGAUGCUGAUCAGGGACCUCGGGGGAUGCCUGUACAUGCCGGACGCAGACGGUCGCCUUCCAGUACACAUGAUGACCUACGAGGAGCGACAGAGGCUAGAGCAGAAGCUCUUUAAGGAGGAACGUGAAAAACUGGAGAAUAUGGAGCUUCGGUUGAAGGCAGAUCACGAGAAGAUCGCAGCACGGACAACGCUGUGUAUACAGGAGGUUCUUUUUCAGAGCCACAAGAAAGGCGAGGGUAAAAUUGUCUCCUCACCUGAUGGCCGCGCCGCCCUACUGCUUGCCUCACGCAAAGGCCUCCUGCAGGUAAUUCAUCUUAUACUGCAAGAGGGUCACUUUCACGUGAAUGAGGUACUGGACGACACUUGUGGCACCACUGCCCUCCACCAGGCGGCCUCACACGGCCAGGACGGCUGCGUGGCGCUGCUGCUGAGUGCCGGCGCUAACCCACAACAAUGCGAUACCUAUGACCAGACACCCCUCCACCUGGCUGCCAUGUUUGGCCAUAAAAGUACUUUUGAACUCUUAGCAACUCGAGAGACACAGGACCAUCCUUGCCGCGCGGGCACCACCGCUACACAGGUGAAAGAAAAUUUUAAAGUUUAUCAUAGUAAGUAUUUUAAAUAUAAGCGUAAUUUGUUAAAGCCAAUCGACCGUCAUGACCCCGAAAGCGUCAUAAGAAAUCUUGUGAAAUCCAUAGGCCUGCAAGAGCUGCGGGAAGAGACAAAACGGGUGGCUGUGGACCUAUCAAAGGGUGAGGCCCUUGAAGUAAAGGAGGCAGUCAUGGCGGAAAUAAGCAUUAUCAUGAAAAAGGUGUCAGCCGCUAAUCCCACCUACCGCGGCAACUUGAGUCUGACAGGCAGUUCUCGGGACGGAUCUAAGUUGUACGCCCCUGACGAAUUUGAUAUAAAUCUCGUGAUUCACGAGAAUGAUGUAAGAGUAUAUAUUAGUAAGAGAAGGGAAGAGGAAGCCCUGCUGAAGGGCAGGCUACAGAUUUCUGUAAAGACUGACAACCCCCACUUUGAGGGUAAUAGAUUUAUGGCUACUCUGUAUGAGGAGGUCCACCGCUGCCUCGCUGGUUAUACCCUGCAGGACAAAAGACUGAGCCUCGUGCCGCCGGGCCUUACAAGCACGCAGGUGGGCGUGGCACUCUCCCUGGCAUGGCAGGGGCGAGAAUAUCCACUGCUGCUGAUCGGCGUGGACCUGGUGCCGGUGCUGGAGGUGCCGUGGCUGGAAGAAGUUUCAAGACCCUUCCUCACUCCCAAGAACACCACCACUAUGCAGCUCAGUAAUGCUGCAGACGGCACAUGGCGCUGCAGCUUUGCCUUGACAGAGGCCAAGGUGCUGGAGAUGUUGAUACCCGCGGAGCGAAAGGUACAGCUAAUGGGAAAGAUACUUAUUUCCCGCCUCAAGGCUGAGCGCUGGAUGCCUCGGCACAAAAAGAGCUUUUUCAAAUGGUUUGCCACACGGGAGUGGAACAUCGCGGUGCCGAGUGGGUUCUGCUUCAAGAACGCGCUCCUGCGAUGGCUGGAAAAUAAGCGGUGGAGGGAGGUGGAAUCUUGGGCUAAACAGGAGGCGGACCAUGCAAAGGAGUUGGGGGCUAGACGGAAAGGGGACUCCGCCAAGCAGCUCAGAGCAGGGCAGGAGGGGGACCCUGCCAAGUGGCUGGUGGAGGUGUUCAGACUGAUGUGUGCAAACCCAGAAGAAUCACGAGAGCAACUGACAACUCAAAACAGCUCCGCCUACUUUGGAGGAGACUGUGAGGGGCGGAAGCCUGGGGACGGGGCGCCUGUCAUCGUGCAGUGUCUCGAGGAGUGUUUGGAAAAGUUGUGUCCUGGUUCGGCCUCAGCCAAGACAGACAAGGCCACAGCGGAAGAUGCAGACUCCUGUAAUCAUUAGCAGUUAAUUGUGCCACGCAUCGUAACGCCCCCCACUUACACAGGAACACAAGUCCUCGGUGCUCGAUUUCCAGAUUCAACAGUUUAUUUAGCCAAUUACUUGUAAAUCUGAUAUAAAGAAAAUAUAGAUUUUCAUGGGACGAGCCUUGUGAGGGAAAAAUAUUCUCUUAAUAGGCUCUCAUCUGUGUACACUUGUUGGCUCCUAUAACAUCACAGGCUGAAUUAUGUAAUACUACAAACUGAUGUAAAUGUCACAUAUGGCCAGUAAUUAUUAUAGUAUAAUAUAAUAGUCAAAUUGCAUCACAUAUGGUGAAACAGGUUUUAGUUAUAUCUCUGAAUUAUUUGAUUAAUUGAUUAAAUCUAAAUGGAAAGUCAUAUCUGUACAUCUAAGUAUCAAAUGUAAGUGGUAAUUGGUUAACACAAACCUUUAAGUUAAGGCUUAUAAAUUACUGGUAUUCACUUGCAAACAUCAGUGACAUUAAGAUAACAAAUAUUUUGUAUAGGUUUAUUAAGACAAUGUAUGAAUUGGAUGUAUAUUAGUCACCUUGACUCGAUAAGAUAAUUAAAUAUGUUAUUAAAUCUAAA